CACCCAUCAUCCUUAAUUGCUUAUAAUCAGUAAGCUUAAGCAACCAUGAAUGUGAGCUAUAUAUUAUCGGCCGUAAUCCUAUUAUGGUUUUGGUGGUUGGUUACGGCUGAAUCGGUUUCGUCGUUAGCGGCGUUACCCAGGGAUCAACACUCUCUCCUCUUCAACAACUUGCCCUCUGCCACAGAAGGUGCCACUAUGGAUCAACAGUCUCUCCUCUCGAAAAAGUUGGUCGAGUUGCAUUUUACCACAAACGGUGCAACGAAGAAUAGCUUCUUCCGUUUCAUUUCACUAUUACGAGAUCAAUUAGCAAGUGGAGAAGUUAGCAAUGAAAUACCUCUGAUGCGGGAACUAUCCACUAGUGUGUGGGAGUGCGAGAGAUAUUUCUUGGUUCGCCUCACAAACAAUUCAGGCUAUAGCAUUUCAUUGGGAAUUGAUAUAAUCAAUGCCCAUGUUGUUGCUUAUGGAGUUGGAGACCGAACUUUCUUCUUUUGCAAUUCUCCUCCAAGUGCAUGGCAUUGUCUUGCUAGUAAAGAGAAUGAUUCACUUCCUUUCGGAAGUAACUAUAUUUCCCUUCAACAAACUGCAAAGGUGCUUUCUAGAGGAGAAAUCCCCCUCGGAUUGACGGAGCUAAAUGGAGCAAUCACCAAUCUAUACAGUGACUGGGAUAGCAGGCGGGUUGCUCGUUCGCUCUUAGUUUGCAUUCAAAUGAUUUGUGAGGCUGCACGAUUCAGAUACAUUGAACACCUAGUGGGACACAGCAUUUCAGAAGGCCAAGGAUUUCGGCCAAACGGUAGCAUGAUAAUUCUCGAAAAUAAUUGGGGUGCGCUCUCUCGGGCAGUCCAAAGGUCUAUCGGAGGGGCCUUUGCUAAUCCAGUUCAAUUAGGGUCACCCAGCGGUGGCCCCGAGAAUGUGGACAAUGUCAAUCAUAUAAGCGUUAUCCAAAACCUUGCUUUAAUGAAAUUCUUUUGCAGAAGCAGAAAUAUUAUUAUUAAUCCAACACCUCAAAUUUCUAUGCUUAUAUAGUCUGUUGUAG